AUGUCCAAGCUCCAACGCGGCACAGCCGCAUACCGCGGCUUCACCGUCAGCCAUCAGCGUGUGGUUCUCGACCUUGGCUUCAACGGAACCGUCGUCGGCUUUACAGAACUCACCAUCGUACCCGCACAUCGCAGCUUGCGCACCAUCCACCUCAACUGCAGGCAGGCUUUCGUCCAAUCCGUCUCCAUCGCUGGCCAUGCCGCCGAGUUCAGCUACGCAGACCAUCUCACCGGUGCAUCUAUCGCCGACACACGCGACGUGCACCGUUACCCCGAGCUCAAGCGCAGGAUCUAUGCUGCCGCAUCCGACGGUGCCCACGGAGAGCUCAGCAUCCUCAUCCCGCCAGACGUGCACAUCCAGUCCCAGCGUGCAGGCAGCAGAGCCCAGAGCAUCACACCAGACGAUGCCCCUACUCCCGGCGGCUCCAGCGCUUCCAACGAGCUUGCCCCCAUCACCGUGCGCGUCGACUACUAUCUCAAAGAUCCCACCGACGGCAUCCAGUUCAUGCGUCCCACCGCAGACAGUCCCUACCGUGUUCCACAUCUCUUCACCAUCGCCUCGUCGUCCGACGCCGCACGCAGCUGGGUGCCCUGUGUCGACAGCCUCUGGGAGCGUUGCACGUGGGAGUUUGAAUUCAUCGUGCCCAAGUCCCUCAGCACAUCCGAGGAAGACGACGAUGCAAAUCCCGACCAGACAGCCAAUCGUUCCGCGAAAGAUUCCGCCGAUACGGCCACCGCCGAACUCGCUGAUCCUGACUCAGAGGUCGUUGUGGUGUGCACCGGCGACCUCAUGGAGCAAGUGACGCAUCCGAACAAUCCUGCAAAGACCGUCUUUUGCUACACACAAGCGGUGCCCACCUCCAUCCAGCACGUUGCUUUCGCAGCGGGUCCCUUUCACAUCAUGCGCGUUCAGGCAGCCAACCGCCAGGCCGGUCAGACCGCCGCAAGCAUUGUGACCGAAGUCACAGCCGGCGCACCGCUCGACGAUUCCGGCCAGCCCGAGAUCCUCGCCUUUUGCUUGCCCGGCCGCCAGGAGGAACUGCGCAAUUCGAUCGGCUUUACUCGACAGGCGCUCGACUUCUUUUCGCAAGAGUACGGCUCCUAUCCCUUCACCGCGUUCCGCAUGGUCUUUGUCGAUGAACCGCCUCAGGACUGCACCGUACAGUCAAUGAUGGCCGUCUGCUCCAACGACCUUCUUCACCCGGCUUCCGUCAUCGACCAAGCCAUCGAGAACCGCCAGGUGCUCAGUCACGCCAUAGCCUUUCAGUGGGUCGGCAUCAACAUCAUCCAGGCAACCUGGGCCGACACCUGGCUCGUCAACGGUCUCAGCUUGUACAUCAACGGCCUCUUCCUCCGCAGACUCAUGGGCAACAACGAAUAUCGUUUCCGUCUGAAAAAGGACCUCGACCGGCUCUGCGCCUGGGACAUCGGCAUGCCCCCGCUCUACGAAGCAGGCGCCUUCGAGCCUCCCGACGCAGCGACACUGCCCUUUGUCAAUCUCAAAGCGCCACUCGUGCUCCACAUCCUCGAUCGAAGGCUUCGCAAGAUGGGCGCAUCCGUCGGCUUGGGCCGUGUCAUCCCCAAGGUCUUCCUUCAGGCCAUGACGGGCGAGAUGACCAACAACAUGCUCAGCACGCAGCAGUUCCUGCGCACAUGUCGCAAGGUCAGUGGCGCCGAUCUUCGCCUCUUCACCGAGCAUUGGAUUCGCGGCAGCGGCUGCCCUCGCUUCAUCUGCAGCGCCAACUUCAACCGCAAGAAGCUGCUUAUCGAGAUGCACAUUCGACAAGAGGUGCCCGCCGCCCAGUUCGCCGCCGCGCGUCCAGGCGAUGCGCUUGCCGCGAAUGCAGUCCCUCUCUUCGAGGGUCAGAUGACGGUCCGUAUCCACGAAGCCGAUGGGACGCCAUACGAGCACGUGCUCGAGAUCAAAGGGCCCGCAAAGCGGUACGAAGUACCCUUCAACACCAAGUACAAGCGUGUGCGUCGAAACACCAAGCGCUUUCAGGCCCGACAGGCAGCCGCCGCCGCUGCUGCACAGGGAGACCAGGAAGCACAGGAAGCCAUCGGGCUGAUCGAUCUCGGAUUCGGCCUGGGCAUGUGGGAAGACGAGCAGGCGCGAGAAGAGUGGAAGGUAGCAGACUGGACCGAGGAAGACGAGGAAAAGAUGUCAUCCGCGCCUUAUGAAUGGAUCCGCAUGGACGCCGACUUUGAGUGGCUCGCCAGCAUUCAUUUCGAACAGCCCGACCACAUGUGGGUCUCGCAACUCCAGCGUGACCGCGACGUGGUGGCGCAGGUCUCGGCGGUGCAUGCGCUGGCCCAAAUGCCUUCGCUCGUCACGUGCAGUAUGCUCACCCGUACUGUGCUUGUCAACAAGUACUUCUACCGCGUCCGCACGGAAGCCGUCCAUGCGCUCGUCCACUGUGCCAUCCCGCAGCUGGACAACCUCGGCCUCUUUCAUCUGCUCAAGCUUUUCCGGUCGCAGUUCUGCCACGACCCGCCCAACGAGGCUUCAUUUGAGGACCCGCUCGACGUGCCUUGCAUCCCUCGUGCCAACGACUUUUCCGAUGCUGCCGACUACUUCCUGCAACGCGCGCUGAUCCAUGCCAUCAGCCGCGUGCGCAAUCCGGACGGCCGCACUCCGGCGCAGGUCAAGCGCUUCCUCAUCAACCUGCUGCGCUACAACGACAACUCGACCAACCACUUUGUGGAUGACUUCUACCUUGCUGGUGCGAUCAAUGCGCUCGCGAGCGCCUUCAUCCCCAUCGACUCGGGCUUGGCUCAGGACAGCAGCGCGAACGCGGAAGAGGAGAACUUCCUGCUCGCUCAUGCUAUUGCCGAGGUGGAGCGACUGCAAGAGCUCGACCGGCUCGUGCCGUCGUUCCACAACGUGAUCACGCUGGCAUCACUCGACUUCCAAGUGGUCAUGAUGCUCGCCAACCUCAAACCCAGGGAUCUGCAGCUCUUCUUCACCUACACCCGGCAAGGCAACUUCACGCCGGUGCGCGUCGCUGCUCUCAACUGCCUCCUCCUCGUCGGCAAUCUCGACCAUCGCGUCAUUGCUCGCUACUGCUUUGCUCUGCUGCGCAUCGACGAGAACCGUACAGUCAAGCGCGCUCUGGCGCGAGCGCUGUGCGAAGGUCUCGCCGUUGCCAUGAGCACUGGCCUUUUUGGCGGUGGAGCUUUGCGUGGACCCGAGACGUUGCUUAUCGAAGAAGACAGCGGCCAUAUCAAUGCGGCCGAAAAGGCGCGCGAUGCACAGCUCGAAGCGAUGCUCAAGACGCUCAAAAAGGAGAUUGGCCGAUCUGCAGGUGUGCGCGAAGGCUUCCUUGCGGCUCUGUUGGCACCCAAUGCGGAUGUCGAGGCACGCUGGGCGAUGUUGAAGCUAGCCGAGCUGCUCUUCCGACCGGCCGAAGAGAAGGAGUUGCCCCUGCAGCACAAGGUCCAGCUCCGCGUGCGCAUGCCGAGCACCCAGGCCACGCUCGACAACGCUCCGAUGGAAUCGCCGUCCAUCUCCAAGAUCAAGCUCGUGCGUCCCGGCAUCUCGUCUGCAGAAGAGGAUGCGGCUGCCAAGGUGCCCGCGUCACUCGCAGCAGCAGCCAGCAAUGGACCUCGCGUCGCUUUCGAGACGCCAGAGAAGGUCACCGCCGAGAGAAAGAAGGUCAAGCCCAAGAAGAUCAAGCCGCUGGCACCCGGUCAGGCCUCGGGCAUGUCGUUUGCCGAUCUCACCGCUUGCAGGAACACGCUCAAGAAGCUCAUGCAGAACAAGCACGCCUCGAUCUUUCUCAACCCGGUGGACCCUGUGCGCGACCAGGCGACCGACUACUUCGACGUGAUCAAAGAGCCCAUGGAUCUCGGCUCGAUCCUUAACAAGCUCGACAGUGGACAGUACAAGGACCGCCACGCGCUGCGUGCCGACUUUGAGCUCAUGAUCCGCAACGCCAAGACGUACACGCCCGAUCCGAAAGCAUGGGCGCACAAGCAGGCGGUCGGGCUCGAAAAGGUGUUUGGUCCGUUGUGGAAUAGGAUGGAGAAGACGCUGGAGCAGUCGGCAGCGCGCCAGAAGGCUGCGCAGGAUGCGGCGCUGGCGAACGAGCAUAGCGCGUCUGUGUCGGGAACGCCCGAGCGACCAUCUCCCGCCAAGCCGGAAGCCCUGCCCGCCGCGUCCGACCCCAUCGCGCCGACUUUGCCAAGCAGCGGCGCGAGGCGAGAGUCUUCGACUCCGAGCGCAGCGCCCAAAUUAUCGCUCAAGUUCAAGCUCAAGUCGAAACCGGCUGGCGAAGAGUCUCCCGCGGCCGCCACGCCCACGCCGAAGCCCAAGGCAAAGCCUGUGAUCGAAGAGCCAUCUCCUGCAGCACCUUCGACGCAGUCGACGACGCUCAAGAUCAAGAAGCCGCUGAUCAAGCUCAAGAAGCCCAGCGAGGGUGAUGCGGGCGUUCCCUCCACCCCGUCUCCGGCACCGCCAGUGGCCACCAACGCCGGCCCGCAGAGUGUGGAUGACGAUAUCCUCGAGUUACUCGGCGAGAUCCCCAAGCCGAGCAAACCCAAGCCGAGCAAGAGCUCGUCAGGCGUCUCGCCGUCUCCUGCGCCUGUCGCAGCUGCGUCAGCGCAUGCCUCUCCUCCCGCGCCGUCACCGAGCGUCAAGAAGCACAAGUCCGCCCACACUGACUCGUUUGGUGGUACGGCGACGCCAGCGCGUCCCAAUGGCUCCAGCGCGGCGUCGGCCGAGUCGCCCACGAAGGACAUUGCCAAGCUGGCGGAGAAGGACCCCGUGGGUGCGACUGCGGGCAUGCCGAUGAGCGGCAAAAAGUGCAAGGUGCUGCUGCAGGUGCUCAAGAAGUCGCCGUUUUCGAUCUUCUUCCGCUUCCCCGUGGAUCCGAUCAACGACGGGCUGCCGACGUACCUGGACGAGAUCAAGGAGCCGAUGGACCUGAGUACCAUGGAGAAGAAGGUGAACCAGGCGGCAUACUCGACCAUGGGCGAGUUUGCGGCGGAUAUGGAGUUGAUUUUUGCCAAUUGUCGGCAGUUUAAUCCGCCGGGGACGGAGCCGUGUCAGCAUGCGGACGAGUUGGAGAAGCUGUGGCGCAAGGAGUGGGCCAAGACGGUGACGCCACGAUUGGAGGCGAACGAAAAGCGCGCGCUCGUGGGGUUGAUGAACCGGCUCAAGACGCAUCAGUCUUCGCUGCUGUUCCGCGAGCCUGUGGAUCCGGUGGCGUUGGGGAUUCCGACGUACUUUGAUGUGAUCCCGCGCAAGGACGCACGCGAUCUGAGCCUGAUCGAGGCCAAACUCAAGGGCGACAAGUACGAUGCUUUUGCAGCACUGGAUGCCGACAUCAAGCUCAUGCUCAAAAACUGCUACACCUUCAACGCCAUGGAUCCGGCCAUCAUCGAGAUCGCAAAGGCCUUCGAGACGUUCUACAAACGCGAGUUCAACCAUGCCAAGCAGCAGGCGGGUACAGCAUCGGCAGGUAGCCCUGCCCCUCCCGCUGCCAAGAGGAAACUCUCCACACCCUCCAAUGGCACAAGCAAGAAAGUCAAGAGCUCCUAG